AUGAUCACUAAAAGCAAACAAUCGUCCCAACAUGCCGCGGACUUACGCGAAACGUUCAACACCCUCCGAAAACAUCAAAUGAGACUUAACCCUGAAAAAUGCGUGUUUGGGGUCACCGGUGGGAAAUGCCUUGGUUUCCUCGUUGACGAAAGAGGAAUAGAAGCUAACCCUGAUAAGAUAAAGGCAAUCCGGGACAUGAAGUCCCCAAGAUCUGUAAAAGAAGUUCAAAAGCUAACAGGAUGCAUAGCUGCCUUGGGGAGGUUUUUGUCCAAAUCCGCGGAUAGAUUCUCGCCAUACAACGGGGAGAAAUUGGUCUUAUAUGUCUCGGUCUCCGAAUACUCCUUGUCAGGAGUAUUGAUCGCCGAAAGAGAGAAGAAGCAAUUCCCCAUAUACUAUGUGAGUCAUGCCUUUCGAGGAUCUGAAGGAAACUACAGCGAAGUUGAAAAAGUCUUAUUUGUAAUCGUGAUGGCAAGCAGAAAACUAAAACCUUACUUCCAAUCCCAUCAGAUCGUCGUCAGGUCCGGCCAACCCUUGAAAAGGAUUCUGGAAGGAAGGAAUAAAUCCAGCCGCGUCACGGAUUGGGCCAAUCAACUUGCGGAUUUCGGCAUCGAAUACGAACCACGAACGGCGAUCAAAGCACAAGCCUUGGCGGAUUUCAUCGCCGAAAGUACUGUCCCCCAACUUCUUGAGCCUAAUCAAGAAUGGAAGUUAUAUGUCGAUGGGUCCUCAACGCAAUCAGCAAGUGGGGCUGGUCUCCUCAUUGUGUCUUCCGCUGGGGUCCGUAUGGAAAGGGCGGUCAGAUUCGAGUUUGCGACAUCCAACAAUGAGGCCGAAUAUGAAGCAUUACUGAUGGGAUUGAAAAUCUGCUACGAGGCGGGAGCCAAAGUACUGUCCGCGUUUUCUGACUCCCAACUAAUAGUUGGACAAGUCAAUGGGGAAUUUGAAGCCAAAGAUGACAGCAUGAAAAUGUACUUGCAGCAAGUAAAAGGGUUUGUACAAAAAUUCGACAAGUUCACAUUGAUCCACAUCCCGAGAUCCCAAAAUGCACAGGCCGAUUCUCUGGCGAAACUCGCCAGCUCAGCAGAAACAUCCGCGGCUCGUGACAUCAUCUGGGAAGUGCUUCCAAACCCCAGUAUCAACCACAUGGUCAACACCAUUGACAGGUCAGAAACGUGGAUGGAACCCUACAUCGAAUUUUUGCAAAACCAGACGCUUCCCCAGGAUGAAAAUCAAGCAAAAGUGCUCCAGAGGAAGGCUAGAUGGUUCGAACUCUACGAGGGAACACUCUACAAAAAGUCAUACACUCAUCCCCUCUUAAAAUGUGUUUCCCCUGAAGAAGGAAAUUACAUCCUUCGCGAAGUACACGAAGGCGGAUGCGGUAUACAUCAGGGCGUACGAACUGUCAUUGGAAAAGUACUCCGAAGCGGAUAUUAUUGGCCUUCACUGCGUGAAGACGCGGAAAAAUUGAUCAAACGAUGUCCCGAAUGUCAGUACCACUCAAAGAUAGGAAGGAAGCCCUCAAAUUACUUGACCGUCAUGCAAGCCGUUCUGCCUUUCGACAAGUGGGGCAUGGAUCUCCUUGGCCCCUUUCCCCCCGCAAAGGAGCAACGAAAAUACGGUAUUCCUCGUGUGAUCAUCACGGACAAUGGGAGACAGUUUAUGAGUAUAAACACAACACAAUACUGUGAUAAGUUUGGUAUUCAAAUUCGUUUCAGCUCCGUAUCUCGGCCACAAACCAAUGAGCAAGUCGAAUCAGCAAACAAAGAGAUCCUAAACGGUAUCAAAAAGAAGAUAGAAGGACUUAAGGGUACUUGGGAUGAAGAACUACCCGGAAUCCUGUGGGCAAGUCGAACAACCGUCAAAGAAGCAACGGGGCAUACCCCAUUCUCUCUGGUAUACGGAUCUGAAGCAGUGCUUCCAGUAGAGAUAGACAUACCCUCCACAAGGGUCACCUACUACUCACACGACGAGAACGAGCAGAGGAAAAGGGAGAACCUAGAUCUGCUUUCAGAAACACGGGGGAACGCAUUAUUAAGGUCCAUGGCCCAAAAGAAAAAAAUGACUCGCAGCUUCAACCGGCUCGUCAAAACCAAACAUAUUCAUGAGGGGGACUAUGUCCUACGCAAAGUCGAGGCCACAGGGAAGAUAGUAGAGAAAGGAAAGCUUGGAGCCAACUGGGAUGGUCCGUUCAAAAUCAUCCGUAUCAUCAAGCCAGGAACAUUUGAACUAGAAGACAUGAAGGGAAAGAAGCUACCCCGCCCGUGGAAUGGAGAUCAUUUGAAAAAGUACUUCAUUUAA